AUGCUGGAAAAUACGUUAAAAUAUCUUGAAAAUAUUGAAUCUGAAAUUGAUCAAUUACCCUACAGAAGACAUUGGUCGGAAAAAACUCGAUUUAGUUUGAUGAGUUAUGCAUUGUAUGUACGAGCAAAAUUUCUUCAAAACAUAGCUGAUCAAGCUUUACAAGUAUUUCAGCGAAGUGGAUUGGAUAAACUUAGUUUAGAAGCAUUAGGGUGGCUAUUAGUCGCCUUGUCUGCUGACAAAAGUCAUGAUAAUCAUCAAACAAUUGAACUAAUAUAUAAAUAUUUAAAAGGUAAAGUAAACGAAACAAGUGAGACAGCGAAUUUUAUCACAUCGUAUGGUGAUGAUGGUCAAUCAGUAAUGUUCCAUUCAAAUCAACGAACAGAUGCUAUUCUAUUAGAAUCAUUAUUGUGUAUUGAUCCAGAAUCCACUCUUUGUACUAAAUUAUGUAAAGGUUUACAAGCACAUAAAGUGAAAGGUGCAUGGAAAUCAACACAGGAAAAUUGUUUUGUAUUAAUUGCAUUAGAUAAAUAUUUUCACAUUAAAGAAAAAGAUACACCAGAUUGUGUUGUUAAUAUUUGGUAUGACAAUGAUUAUUGCGGUCAACAUCAAUAUAAAGGUCGAACGACAAAUACAUAUACAGUGAGUAUUCCGAUGAGAGAAAUUCUGGCGCCGUCAUCAUCAUUUAACAUGGGUAGUAACGAUAAGGACGUAGUGAUGCAUAAACGUGGCAAUGGUCGAUUAUACUAUCGUAUUGCAAUGGAUUAUGCUCCAUCAAGUCUACAACUAAAUGCAGUUAACUAUGGUUUUAAAAUUGAACGAGCAUACACAGCUAUGGAUCAUUCAUCAUAUGUUCAGCAACAAUCCGAUGGAACUUGGAAUUUCAAACUAAAUGAAAAAAUUAAAGUCACAUUAACAAUGUCAUCAAAACAACAACGAUAUCAUGUAGCAUUAGUUGAUUAUUUACCAGCUGGUUGUGAACCAUUGAAUAUGAAAUUAAACGGUACUUUGGCAGAUCAUACAAAUUCAUCAGUAGCAAGAUCAAAAAGAAACAGUCGCUAUAAUGAAUAUCGAUUAUAUUCAACGAUUGGUUGGACUGAAUAUGAAAAUUUAAGAGAUGAACGUGCUGAAGCAUUUCGAGCAUUAUUGUGGCCUGGUGUAUACGAAUGGAGUUAUGUUAUGCGUGCAACAUGUGCUGGAACGUUUAUCAUUCCACCAGCUAAAGCUGAAGAAAUGUAUUCACCAGAAAACUUUGGUCGAUCUACAACAGAAAAAGUUAUCAUUGACUAA